AUGAGCUAUAUCAACACGACAGCAAAUAGCAAUAUUAUUGAGUGGAAUAAGACUGAAAUCAUUGAAAACAACGAAUCUUAUCCCGUAUACCCUACUGCAGCAACCAACAAACGCUCGUUAAACACCAUGGAUCUCAUUCAAGAGCCCUUGGACUUAUCGCCGCCUUCAUCGCCUACCUCGUCAGUGGGCGUAAGCUUCAACGAAAAGAGAUCCUACACUACACCUUAUAUCAAAAACAACAUGGAUUUCAUUCCACCUACACCGUCAGCUACUCCAGAAUUCCAGCGUCGCUAUAACAACGACAUCGAACUAGAGCAAUCCGUCUUGAAGCGUCACUCCACUUUAUCUUCUAUUCAUACCAUUGACGAAAACAAUUUACCUGAAGCUCCCAGGAUAUCCAGUAGUCCUAGUGUUGUUUCUCUUGGCAGACAUCAUACAACAGGCCAUACACUAAAAUCAGCUAGACAGCGUAUGGCUGAUAAAGAAAGGCUUGGCCUCAUGCGUCGUUCUGAAGAGUUUCAGAAAGAGCUAUCAGCCAGAAGAAAGACAUUUAGAAGACUCUCUCGCUUGAUGGAUACAACAGCAUCAGAAAAGAAUGAAGAUCCAGAUGAUGAGCGAGUACUAAUGGGAACUCGUAUCUCUGAAGGACAUCAAAACUAUGUGCUCAUGUACAAUAUGCUGACUGGUAUCCGUAUUGCCGUCAGCAGAGUUACAGCCAAGAUAAAUCGACCCAUCACAGACGAAGAUUAUGUAGCUGCACAUAAACUAGCCUUCGAUGUCGUGGGUGAUGAGUUGACGCCAGGCGCUAAAUAUGAUUUCAAAUUCAAAGACUAUGCUCCCUGGGUAUUUCGUAAUCUAAGAGAAAAGUUUGGUGUUGAUCCGGCAGACUAUUUAAUCUCCUUGACAAGCAAAUACAUUCUAUCCGAGCUAGGCUCUCCUGGUAAAAGUGGCAGCUUCUUUUACUACUCCAAAGACUACCGCUUCAUCAUCAAGACCAUUCAUUACACAGAACACAAAUUUAUGAGGAAAAUUUUGAAAGAGUAUCAUCAGCAUAUUUGCGACAAUCCGGAUACUCUAUUGUGUAGAUACUAUGGCUUGCACAGAGUCAAAUUACCCCACGGAAAGAAGAUUCACUUUGUUGUCAUGAGCAAUGUGUUCCCUCCAAGCAAAGAUAUUCACGAGACCUAUGAUUUAAAGGGCUCCACACUAGGAAGGCUUUUACCGGAGGAAGAGAUCCGCAAGAAUCCAUUUGCAGUGAUGAAGGACCUCAACUGGGAAAAGAGACAGCGCAAACUCAAGCUUGGCCCCCAAAAGAGAAAGUUAUUUAUUGGACAACUCGUUCGUGAUGUUACUCUUUUAUCACAAUUAAACAUUAUGGAUUAUAGUCUGCUUAUUGGCGUGCAUGACAUGUUGCGCGGAAAUAAGGAUGGCAUUCGUGAUACCACACUACAAACAUUUCAACCAGAUACCAAAUCAGUGCAGCGUAGAAACACUUUGAUGAAUCGUAGAAAGAGCAAAGCCCAAGUGGUUCGCAAGGCCAUCGCAGAGGCAAAUCCCGAUAAACUGGAUGUUUCCAAAUUACCAGAAGAGACACAAGAGCGCCGCAACUGUGUAUUUUAUGCUGAUGAGGGCGGUCUUCAGGGUACAGAUGAAGUGGAUAGGCCAUUACCUGUACUUUAUUCUUUGGGUAUUAUUGAUAUCCUGACGCCAUACGACAUGAAGAAAAAAUCCGAACAUGUCUACAAAUCUUUGACACAGGACAAAAAUGCGAUUUCAGCUGUCAAACCCACUCAAUAUGGACGCAGGUUCUUGGAAUUUAUGGCUGUGGCUGUACUGGAACACAAUGAGGACAUACCUCAUGAAUACAAGCUCAAGUCCAGAGCUAAGCAUUUCUUUAGACAUUAG